GCUCGUCCAUGGACCUGAUCCGGGGCUUCUGCGGGAAGCUGCGGUUUCUGGCCGUGACCCUGGACGGCGAGACGGCUCGGCUGCAGCGAGCGCUGGACGGAGAGGACAGCGACUUUGAAGAUUAUCCAAUGAGAGUUUUACAUGACCUUCAUUCAGAAGUCCGGACUCUAAAGGAUGAUGUCAAUAUUCUUCUUGAUGAAGCAAGCUUGGAAAGUCAAGAAAGCAUUGGUUUCAUAAAGGCAACAAAAGUACUGAUGAAAAAAAAUUCAAUGGAUAUCAUGAAAAUAAGAGAGUUUUUCCAGAAGUAUGGAUAUAAUCCACGUGCCAAGGAAAAUUCAGUGGAUGAGCAAGAAGUCGUUGACUCUAAACCAGAGAAAAAUAAACGUGAAAAUCCUGAGAAGCCUGAUGUGAAGGGUGAUUUGUCGGAUUCCGCUCUUCUAAGCAGUUCUGUUUCUGAGGAGACUCCACGUAGUCCACAACUUUCCGAUUUUGGACUUGAGCGGUACAUGAUAUCCCAAGUUCUGCCAAACCCUCCCCAGGCAGUAAACAACGAGAAGGAAGAGCCAAAAAUUUUAACUCCAUUUUCCAAACGGCCACUAGUAAAAACUCCCAAAUGUGCACUAAAGAUGGAUGAUUUUGAGUGUGUGACUCCUAAAUUAGAACACUUUGGUAUCUCUGAAUAUACUAUGUGUUUAAAUGAAGAUUAUACAAUGGGACUUAAAAAUGUGAAGAAUAACAGUGAGGAGGCCAUAGAAACAGAACCAGUGACCAACAAUAAUUUCUUUGCCACUCCUGGCCCCAUAACCCAGCCAUUGGAAAAAAAUGAUGCUGAGCAUACACAUUCUCCCGUGGCACCUACGUUCUGCACUCCUGGUUUGAAAAUCCCUUCUACAAAGAACAGCACAGCUUUGGUAUCCACACAUUAUCCAUUAUCAAAAACAAAUAGUUCAUCAGAUGACUUGGAAAUGAAAGACAGUACGUCAUUAGUUUUAAAUUCAGACGAGUCGUGCUUUGAGAAUUUUGCGGACCCCUCUUCUCCUACGAUUUCUUCUUAUGAGAAUCUGCUAAGAACACCUACACCUCCAGAAGUAACUACAAUUCCAGAAGAUAUUCGCCAGAUUUUAUCAAAAUACAACUCAAACCUAGCUACUCCGGUAGCAGUUAGAGAAGUGUCACCCAGCAAAGUGUUCCUUCCUCGGUGUGAAGGACAGGACAUCCGAGACGCUGGCAACAGAGAAAACUGGUGA